CCCUCGCUCCAACAAACAAGUUUGCGACUUUACCAGAUCUGACCCAACUUCCCAAGUGGCGUUGGUGCAUUGACCAAUAAAUAAUGAGAUAAUGCAGCGAGAUAAGAGCCACACACAGGCUUGUAUGGCUGCUAUGGCAAGGGCAUGGGCAGCUAAUCCCAAAUUUAUUUCUUGGUUUUUAGAUUCACGGAGCAUAUCCACAACCCUCCUCAUCUCAACUCCUCUCAAGCGUCUUUCUGUUUAUCCCUCCCCUCGAAAAAACGGACGAUAUCAAGCUUCUGCUGUGCUUAAUUGUAUUCCUGGAGGUUUGUGGAUAAAGUUACCCUGCAAUAUAUGCAUCAUAUGCACAUGCAUUCGAAGUUAUGACGCGAACGAAGAAUCCGAAUCCGACGAAUUGGGACGAUUACCAGUAUGGGACCUCGCCGCAUAGGAGUUCGAUGAGCUCGACGGGGGGCAGAAGUGUGCAGUUUGAGACGCCCGUGGUUGGGUCUCCGAGUGGUUCGAAUGCGAAUUUGGAUGCAGGUGCGGAAACUGAUAAUGAGGAUGGGGGGUUGCGAAGACGGAGGUAAAAUUGAUUUCUCUUCUCUCGGUUUACUGGGGGUUUGUGGGAUUUGGGAGAGGAUAUGAAAACUAAUUUUGGUAUGAUAGGUCUUCAAUGGCACUUCGAUUUAAUGCUCUGGCACAGGUGGGAGGAGUAAAUAGUAUCGAGAAUUUCGCGAGGAGUUGGACGCGAGCAGCUGGUUUUCCACAAGUCGCACCACAACGACCUUCUUUUAUCGUUCAAGCUGACGAGGGAACCGAGAAUAUCGAGAGGGAAGCCUCAGAAUAUGGCAGGAGAGAUGUGGAAUAUGGUCAAAUGCCGAGAAUGUCCUUGAUUAGGGCACAUAUGGAAGCGUCUGGGAGCCCUGAAGAUGCGAUUGAGGAUGAACCCAUGGACGGACCCAGCGAACACCCAUUGCUUCCCAAGGAGUCGAUUGGGAAGCGACUGGGUAGCGAUUUGAAUAGUGUUCAAGGAAGUGUUAGGGGUAGAGAGUCAAUAUUUGCGAUUGCGCCCCAUCUCUCUACACCACUCGCGGGGAGUUAUGGCACUUCUUAUGGAACCCUACAAUCAACACUUAGCGAAAGAUCCAUGAACCGAGCGGGGGAGCUCUGGAGAGAACAACAAGCUGCUAUAUCACAAGGAGAAAGAGAACCUCUGAUUGUCAAGGAAAUUGAGCAGGAUGGCCAAAAGGUCUACGUUAUUGCCGGACAAUCCACCCUCCCACAAACCAUUUUCAACUCUACAAAUGUCCUUGUUGGUGUUGGCCUUUUAUCCCUUCCAAUGGGUAUGAAAUACGCCGGUUGGAUUUGCGGCAUGGUAUUCUUGUUCCUCUCCGCUAUCGUCACAGCAUAUACUGCCAAAAUCCUCGCCAGAUGUAUGGAUGUAGAUGCAAGCCUCGUCACCUUUGCUGAUUUGGCAUAUAUCAGUUAUGGGCAUAAGGCACGGAUAGCUACUAGCGUUCUCUUCACAUUGGAGCUAUUGGCCGCUUGUGUCGCUUUGACUGUCCUUUUUGCGGAUACGUUGAAUUUGUUUUUCCCGGGAAUUGGUGUGAAUGAGUGGAAGGUGGUUUGUGGUUUGCUCUUGAUACCCUUGAAUUUUGCGCCCUUGAGGUUGCUUAGUGUUACUAGUGUUGUUGGGAUUUUUUCGACUUUUAGCAGUAAGUUGUUCUUUUCUUUUCUUUGCUGCUUUCCUUAUGCCGGCAAUUUCAAGUUCUUUUGGGGGAAUUGUGCAUACGGGCUAUCAAUUGCUUCGGGUUUCUGAUGAAUGGUCGAGCUGGGGGAAUCUCUGGAAUCCUGUGUCUAGCAAACACACACCCUAAGCAAUUACAAUUUCCAAUCUAUACUUGAUGCAAAUCGGCAUUGGAUUCAUGCUAACGACUGCAGUUGUACUUAUUAUUUUCGUAGAUGGCUUCAUCAAACCUCAUACACCUGGUUCUCUUAGGGAACCUGCUGAGACCUACCUCUUUCCGUCAAAUUGGCUCACCCUUCCCCUUUCAUUCGGUCUUCUGAUGUCACCCUGGGGUGGUCACGGAGUCUUCCCAAAUAUCUAUCGAGACAUGCGGCAUCCCCAGAAAUUUGGUAGAGCCAUCAAGACAACUUUCGGCUUCACCGUAUGUCCCAAUUCCUUCUUUAUUGAUCCAGUACUUACAUUAUACACAGUACACCUUGGAUUGCUUGACAGCCGUAGCAGGUUAUCUGAUGUACGGCGACGGCGUCCUCAACGAGCUAACCGGCAACAUCCUCGAAACCCGCGGAUACCCUCGCUCCCUCUCCAUUCUCCUCUCAACCUUCAUCGCCAUCAUCCCCCUCACCAAGGUUCCCCUGAACGCCCGACCGAUCGUCUCAACCAUCGACGUGAUCCUCGGCCUCGACGCGCAGUCCCUAUCCUCCACACCGGCUCUCAACGGCCUCUCGGGCAUGAUCCGAGGCCUCCUCAAGGUCCUCGUUCGCAUCGUCGUGGUUGUCAUCUUCGUGGUGAUUGCGAUUGUCUUCCCGGCUUUCGAUAGCAUCAUGGCGUUUAUGGGCAGCACGCUCUGUUUCACUAUUUGUGUUAUCCUCCCGCUCCUUUUUUACCUCAAGAUUUUUGGGAAGGAAGUCCCUACUCGAGAGCGGUGGAUGUGUUGGGGCUUGAUUGGGGUUUGUGGUGUGCUUGCGGCUGUGGGGACGGUUUUUGCGUUCUUGCCCAAGGCUAUGAUUGGUGCUGAGUAGGGGGUGCGGUCUGGAGGUCCUUGUAUGGUGAGUGAAUGGAUGUGGUGGUUUUUGAAUCUCUUUUUUUCUUUUCUUUUCUUAACUUGUCAUAGAGAAAAGCUUUUUUGGUUUGUUAAUUUGUUAAUUUGCAUAGUAUGGUAUAGUGGUGGAGAGGGAUCAGGGGAUGGGGAUAAGAGUGAGUGGUUGGUUGGUUAAUUGGUGUGAAUACUCUUUUAACUUUUUACAAAGUAGAUAUGGGAGAGAGAGUUUGUUGUAUUUUUUUUGGCAUUUAUAGCGUGGUUUUGGUGGGUUUUUUUUUCUUCCUGUAAUUUCUUUUCUUCCUUCUUUUCUUCGUUGUCUUUCUUUUUACCUUUUUUGGUUUACAUAUACUAUGCAUGGAUUGGUGC